GCACUUUUUGUCGCGAAAAUUAGAUAAAACCUUUUUUUUUGGUAAAUUGUGAAAAUUUUAUUGUAGACCUAAAUUGAUGUGCCUAAGAUAUAAACACUUUUUACAAUCUAAAAUCUGUCGAUUGGAAACUUUGAAGUUUUGCAUUAGAGUGGAAAAAGUGCACAUCUUCCCUACCGAUGCUAAAAGGAAGGCCGUCGCGUCUUUGAUGUGGACAAAAAAAUCUAAUAUAAAAAAGGAAAAUUGAAAAAGAAAUGUUUUCCAAGCUAUAACACAACAAAACAACGAUUUUUUCAAGCGUGUUAGUAAAGUAACUUUACAUUUUUCUUAAAUGAUAUGCUGAAACCGAAGAGAAAAUUUUUAAGGAAAAGCAGGCAUACGCAAUAAAAAAAAGGUGCUCUGACCUCGCAAAAAGGAGAAACUCAUCUACAUUGAGUGCCUGAAUAUAAGUGUGUGUGCAAAGAAAGGAUUGAUGUGUUUUCAAGAUUACUCUUAGUAAAGUUCGAUUGACGGGUAAGGAAAAUCAGUGUUUACCCUUUAAUUUAUGUAGAACUGCAAAUGAAGUGAAACUAUGACUGAGCCAAAACGCGUAACACUUAAUACAAUCAGUAAUACUGUGUCCUCAACGAUACUAACGGCAGGAAACUCGUCCUCAACAAAACUAGGCGCCGAACUUUUAACUCCUCCAGAGAAAUCCACCAGUAAUAAUAAAAGUAACACAAAAACGAAUGUUAGACUGAAAAUUGAAUUAUUUCAAACAGAUUCUAGUAAAUAUCCGGAAUUCAAUUAUGCCAAAUUAGUGCAUUUAGAAAAGAAAAAAUUGAAGAAAUUGAAACAGAAGACUAACGGUUUUACGGAUCCUUUCGAAGAAAAUGACGAAGAUGUCAUACGUAUAGCUAAAGAAUUAGAGCGCAAAUAUGGUUCUGCAUAUGGGAGCGGUCGUAGUAAAAAUAAAAGGGGCGAUUACGAUAUUGGCAUGGGAUAUGACGAAUCUGAUUCCUUCAUAGACAACACCGAAGCUUACGACGAGAUUAUACCCGAUGAAGUCGAAACAAUAGAAGGCGGCUUCUAUAUUAAUUGUGGCGCUUUGGAAUUCAAAAAGUUACACACUGAAUCCCUGACCACGAAAACUGACGAAAUUAUUAAAAUGCCGAAUCGCCCUAAAAAGCGAGUCAUUUCCUCGUCUUCGGAAGAUUCGUCUUCCUCAGGUGAGGACGAAGACCAGGAUGAUGAAUCGGACGACGAGGAUGAGGAAACUGCCGAAGAAUCCUCGGUAGAAACAACAAAAACAAAAUCUAGUUCAGAACCCGCUGAAAAACGCAAAAAAACUUCGGUUCCAACCAAUAAUCCAUCAAAAAAGAAAACUCUUUGUGCAGAGAGCAGCGUCACCAAGAAAACAUUAAAAGACAGAACCGUGCAAAGCGGUUUGUCGGGCUCUUCCUCUAAUUCACCAAAACCUCAAACAGACGAUCUGGCCUCUGACUCUGAGAAAGAACGCGUUAUUAAAAAAGUAGAGAAAACUACAACAGUGAAGGAUAUGUUAAAGGCUCAGAGGGACAAUUUCUUGAAAUCACAACAUACGUCUGACUCUAAAUCGUCUUCAAACUGUGACACAAAAGUAAAGUCAAGUGAAGAUGAUGAGGAUGACGAGGAUGAGUCGUCAUCUGAAGAUUCUGAGGAUGAUGAUACGGACGACAAUAGUGAUUCGAAUCAAAGUGGUAGUCACCAGCAAAAAGCGAAGAAAUCGAUUGGCAGUGAAGAUGCUGCAGGAACAGAAAAGCUCAGAACUUCGGACACAAAAUUGCCGGAAAUCGAUGGCGAAAUUUUAAAAGGCAUUUAUGAAUUUCGUGACAGUUCUAAAGCAAAAAACUUAAUAGGCAAAAAAUUCCAGUUCGAUGAUAAAUUGACUGACGACUUCCUUAAAAUUGAUGACUCGUUAUUAUGUUUGGACAAAGCUCAACGUAGUAUGGUUUUUUCGCAUUUAGAAUUUCAGUUAUCUUUGCCGAAAUACUAUUUUCUAAGGAAAGCCAAACAAUUGCGCAUUAAAGAGGAGAAAAUGAAAAGCAAAAGAAUUUUCUAUAAGCUACAAAAAGCGGUUACAGAAGUCAUGCCAGCAGUCCUCGCCAGCUACGAUGCCGAGCUGCGCAAAUAUGCUGAGUUACAAUCUACAAAUAUUAAUACCGAUCAACCACCUAAGAUGCCAAAGAAGAAAUUUCCUUGGAACAAUCAUUUGAGAAAUCUUCUAUACGAUGUGUAUGAGGUUCGCUGGACUUCUUAUCCAGUUCUGAAAGCCAGUAAGGAAAGUCUUGAAGAAUUCCUUACAAAUUAUAUGCGUCAAAAAGUGGUACAAAUUUGGCCCAACGGUUGGGUACGCUAUGAAGACUUGCAGAGGGAAAUUGAGAAAAAAAAGAUUGCCGACAAGAAAGCUAAAGAGAAAAAGAAGGCGCCGAUUGCAUCUUUAGCUGGAGCAACUCCAAAUACUACUCUUAAUACAUCUGCCAUUACUGUCCCGAAUUUAGCAUUGCAGCUGUCUGUAAAUUCUAACUUAAACACCCCUCAGCUUGGUCCGAACACAUACAUGAAGCAAUUUGAAGAAUUCGCUACUCGUUCUAAUGCAAAUUCGGAUACAGACUCAGUGGCCAGCAGCAGUACUUCAAGUGGCCUUAAACGUAAAUACGCCGAGUCUUCUUCCUCCGUCAAUAGUAAACAGAGCAAAUCACGACUGACAAAAAUUAAUGGUGAACAAGCAAAAGUCAUUACCACCGGCAAGCAAUUGCCACAGGUUACGGUGGAAUUGGUAUCACCUUCUAAAAGAGCAGAUUAUAGCGUUAACCAUUUAAUAAACCCGGUUGCUUUAGCAACAGCUGCUUUAAUACCAGUGAGCACUAGUAGUAACACUGCGACUUCCAUAUUUAGUGCCACUAAAGCUGCACCUUCACAGCCUUUAAAGCAUUCCAGUGCAACGCACGUUAUUGAUCUCGACUAUAUGAAUAAGCAAUUGCAGAUAGCAGCUGUAAUCGAAGCCUCUGCAACAGUGCCUACUUUAUGCUCAAGAAGAGAAAGCAGUGGCGAUUCUGAGAUCGAAUUUGUGGGGAUAUAUCCGGCCAAAAGCCAAAGCAAGCAACGGUUAGGCAGAUCUAAUAGUAGAAGCAGUACCCCAAACACAGGGGGAGUAGAGGCUACAAAAAUUUCCAAUAACACUGGGAGCAACAAUGGCGGCGCUAGGAACACAAAGGCAACAAAGAACCAUCAGACUUCGAACACAAAUACUUUCUGCUUGAACAAUUUUGUGGGUAUGGAUGUGAGCAAAAUGAGCACCCUUAUAGAAAUUGAUGAACUGCAAUUAAAACAGAAUCUCUCUACGGCAUCACACAACCAGCAAUCCCAACCGGGAACAGUGCCGCCAAACUUACAGCCUCAAUGACCUACUACUGCACCGCCAACAUCUUCAACCUCAACAUUUUAUCAGAGUAAACAAAAUAUAGCGGCUGCGUUAGCAUUAACGACUUUGUGUGGCAACUCGACCAAUCUCGCUGCAGCAGCUAUACCAACACUGCCACUGCCAGUUUCCGCUAUGUGCGACGUUUUCACAACAACUGCUGCAUCAACAGAAUUACGGCCAUCAAGAGAUAAUCCCAAAUAUAAUCAACUCUCUAGUAUGCCAUUAUUUUUGCCACCGCCAUCAAAGAGCGCUGCAAUAUCAACAGAGCUAAAGAAUAUGA